UCAUCCAUUAUUAUUAAGUGAAAUCAACCAUUUCACACCCAUUUUUUCUCCCCUUUGUAUUAUUCACAUUCAUGGCCAUAAAACAUCACUAUGUGCUUUGAAGCUCAACCUUUCUUUGAAUGGCUCAAGCCAUCUUCUUCUUCUUCUUCUUGUUCAUCGUCAUCGUCGUCAUAUGAUGAUACCAUGAGAUUCUCUAAUCAACAAGAUUUCACCCAACACGAAACAAUCGAAUGCCUACCCUUACUUAGUCGACUACUCGACCAUGGCGACAAAGAGAGGCCGGUUUUAAAGAUCAAAGAAGAAGAUAAUCAUAUACCAUCUAAAGUGACAGUAGCACUUCGCAUCGGUUUACCUAGUAGUUAUGAUGGAGAUUCACCGGUGAUCACUGAUGCUAACAUCAAGUUGUUUGAGCAUGAUCAGUUGUUGAAGGAAGAAGAAGAUGAUCGAAAUAAGGAAACAGAAAAUCAUAUGAAAGUGAUGAAGUUUAAUAACGGGCGGUACAUUAAUAACAUUAAUAAUGAUCAUGAUCAUCAUCAGGAGCAAACAAGGUUUUGGAUACCAACGCCAACUCAAAUCCUUGUUGGGCCUAUGCAGUUUGUCUGUUCUCUAUGCAACAAGACCUUUAAUCGAUACAAUAACAUGCAGAUGCACAUGUGGGGACAUGGAUCUGAAUAUAGGAAAGGACCGGAGUCGCUCAAAGGCACACAACCAGCAGCAAUGCUAAGGCUACCAUGCUACUGUUGUGCUCAAGGGUGCAAAAACAACAUCAACCACCCCCGAGCCAAACCCUUGAAGGAUUUCCGUACCCUUCAAACACAUUACAAGAGAAAGCAUGGGGAAAAACCGUUUACAUGUAGGAAAUAUUGUAGGAAAAGUUUUGCAGUCAAGGGAGAUUGGAGGACACAUGAGAAGAACUGUGGCAAGUUGUGGUAUUGCACUUGUGGAUCGGAUUUUAAGCAUAAACGGUCUCUCAAGGACCACAUUCGCUCUUUUGGGAAUGGUCAUUCUCCGCAUCCUUGUCUUGAUGAUCAAGGGUCGUUUAUGGAUUAUGAAGAGAAAGAAUGUGUUACUACCGGUUCUGAAGACGAAACCAUAAUGCAUGCAUAAUUAAUUAAACUACUUAAGGCAGGGUUGAUGCUAUUGGCACUUUGAAGAUGAAUUGCUAAUUAGUUAUAGCAAGUACUAUCAGAGUUUUAGUAGGAUCAUCUUUUUUUUUUUGUUUCUAAUUAUUAUUCGAUCGAGUAUGAAGUUUGUAAUAAGGAAUUAAGGAGAUUUGCGUAAAGCCGGGCCGUGAAGUCUAUAAAUUUUCAUCUCUUGAAAAGUGAGAGGAAAAGGAAUGUAUACAUGGAAUGCCUCCCCUCAAUCAGAGAAAAUUUAUCGGCUUCAUAGCUAGCAGUGUUGAUCUCCCUCCAUAUGGAUCUCUAUCUCUUUUUUUGGUGUUUCAUUAAUUAAUUAAGUUGUUUGAUUUCAUGUUCUUUAAUUU